AUUAUUUCACCUAACUACUCAUUCGCAUGUGUUAAGAGAGGAAGCAGGUGGGAGUGCAAGGCUUGCGAUUGGCCUGUGCACCUUAACUCAACGUUCGGGCGUCGAUCCUUGAGUUUAUUCCAUAUACCGUAAGUUUACGAAGUCUUGCGCACGGUGGGUUACUUGUCAUUGACUAAAAUUUUUCGUUAAAUCACUCGGUGAAACAUGGACAAAAUUAUCAUCGGCGCAUUACUCGCAUUGUUUGCAUUGUCACAAAGCAACGCCCUGGAAUGCUAUGUCUGUCAGAAUCAGGAAGGAAACAUCGAAAAAUGCCUAAACACGAUAAAAACAUGUGAACAAGAACAAGACGUUUGCUUGUCAGAAAUUAAAUGGGGCAGUACACCAUAUUGGUCCCAAGGAGCCAAAAAGCAAUAUUAUAUAUCAAAACGAUGUUCAACGAAAAAAGAAUGCGAAAGAACAAGACGGAAUAACAUGAAGGACUGCACACAUAUAUGGUACCAGGAUUGGAAGUGUUCUGAAUGUUGCCAGGGCGAUCGAUGCAACUAUUACAUUAUCUCCGAUGCAACGAAGACCAAUAUGCAUAUUUCUAUCUUAGCAUUGAUAGCAGUAUCGUAUUACUUGGUUAUGUAAGGUUAAGAAACAUCUGCCAACUGCUAGUAUGCAGUACACACUUGAGGAAUAUGUUCAUUCCUAGUGAAAAAAGCCUUCAAAAUAUUUAUUUAUCCAGUAGCAAACUACACGUAAACAUUAUGGGGCCAAAGGAUCUCACAAUGUGCAUAUUCACGUAUUUGUAGUGAAUUUUUUACUCAAUGCUGUGCAGAUCUGAGCAUUGUAAAUGCAUCAAAUUAAUUGGCAUUUAUAUAUUGCAAUCAACUUCUGAAAUGAUAUGAAAAUUUUUAGACAACUUAGAGACGUUUCAAUUUUAUCAUCGAAGAGGAUAUUUUACCUUCAAUAUUUUCAUAUUUACAUUUACUUUUUGAUUUUAUGCAAUGCUGAAUUUCAACACCAAAUUUAUCUAAAGAAUAUCUACAUUUAUUUUAACUGUUGGAAUUGUCUAGCAGAAGUGAUGAAAGUAACAGUUGUAGAAUCAAAAUCGUCAUACUGUGUUACUCACAUCAGUAUGUUUUUUUUCUUAUGUGAAAUCUCAUGGAAAGAUCUAAUCUAUUCAAAACCAUUCCGUGUUUUUUACAAUGAAUGUAUUCAUUCAAUGUGUUCUAGUUAGUAUAUAGUUUGAUACAAAUAUUCGAUGUUCUAAGUCCAAAGGCAGUCUGUUAUAUUUUUAUAAUAUUUAUUAUUCAUACCCUUUUACCUUGGCAGCAAACAAGCUUUUCGACAAAAAUCACCCAAUCUAAAUAGGCAGCUGAUUUUUAUGGUUUACUCUGUAAAUUAUACAAUUACUUCGCUAUAAGCCAUAUUUUACAGAUAAGUUUAUUUCCACAGUGAAAGUAUACUACUUAUUACCUAAUCAAUUUACGGCCGUGUCCUGUAAUCCAAAUUUAUAUUUUUAUUUGAUUUUACGCAUGAAAUGUUCAUCAUUCACUAUUGCGAAUACAAACUCUCAUCACUUUUCCACAAGGAGAAUCUCAGACACUUAGUCUAAUAUUUUUUGGAAAUGUUUUUGUGGAUUAGAAUAGUGAACAAGGGUUGAAAUUUUAUUCAAAUAAUCUUCUAUAUAUACUUGUACAUCCUUGCUGCUAAAACUCCAAGCUAUAAGCAAAGUAAAAAUAUUCCAGAAUUUCCUGUGUAGAAUGUACUAAAUAAUAUUUGGUAAUCUUUACUUUCGCGCACAUAGUUUAAUUCGAUUUGAUUCCGCCGAUUUAUGGCAACAUGUCCAAAUUACAGUUUUUUAAACUGACAAUUUCUCAACAUACAUUUAAAAAUUCGAAAUAUGAAAAAUGUCUUUAUAUAUUGCAAGCUAAGUAUCUAGUAGUAAGUUUAGUUAUUAGAAAUAUACUGGAUAAAGAAACUUUUUAAGUAACGUGAUAUUCGCGUUGUUAUGACUAUGUACAAAAUAAA